AUGCCGAACUAUGAUUGUGCAGGAUAUGGUGUUAUAAUAUGUGACAAGGAAAAACACAAGUCACCUUCAGACCAUAAUUGGCUGCCGGAGGCGGUGGCGCAUGGCAACCAGUACACCACCAGCCACAACCAAGAGGUUUGCCAUGCGCCACCGCCUCCGGCAGCCAAUUAUGGUCUGAAGGUGUCUGGGUCUAUACUUGGUACGAAUGAACGAGCUGUGAUCCUCGCCAGUGACAACUACGACCCACCAGGUGGUAUUGCCGCCUGCAAGAGAGACUCCGGUGAUCCCCUGGUCAGUGGAAGCACCCAGGUGGGCAUCGUCUCCUGGGGCAGUUCAAGGUGCGAGGCCACACCCGGUGUCUUCGCCAACGUCGGCAACCUGCGUUCCUGGAUCCGAUCUGCAUCUGGCGUCUAA